AUGGUUAGGAAAAGAGUUGAGGCGGAGGCCGCCGCCGCCGCCGCCGCUUCCUCAGAAGAGGACGAGGAGAGUGACGAGGCUCCCGAGGAGGUGACCUUCGAGAGUGCGCGCGCCGCGGCCGAGGAGGCGCGCCGGUUGGCGGGGGAGCGCGCGCGCAGAGAAAAGGCUACCUUAAAAGAAAAGAGACGACGGAAAGAAGAACUAUUUAAGGAACAAAAGAAAAGAAAGCUGCUUCCUGAAAAUGUAUUGGAGGAAUUGGCAUCAUCAACACAGACUAGCAAAAAUCUGCCAUCUUCCAUGCAAGAGCAAGGUCAGAAUGUUGAAGAUGAUUCUGAAAGUGAGAAUGGCCAAAAAGAUACAGAGGAAGACAGUGAUGAAAUCUUGGCAACUAGGUCUGCUCUAGUAAGAAAAGUUACAUUACAGAGAACUAAGUGUCAUUUUAUCAUUAGGCUCCAAGAAAGCUAUGCGGCUGUGCAGCUAAAAGAUCAGGAUUUAACCAACAAGCAGCAGGAAGUGGCCAAAGCCUUCCUACAAAAACACCUCUAUGGAAGAGGCUGCCACCGAACAACAGCAAACCAGUAUUUUUCUGUUGAAAACAAGAAAAGUGCUGUUAAAAGAGCUGCAAUCCAGUUUGUGAACAAGUCUUGGGGUGAAAUGGAAAAGCAAAAGGCUAAGAAGUUCACAAAGCACUGGGUCUCUUCAAAGAUAAGCUGUUGA